UAAUUAUUUUAUUCUUUCCCUUCUACUUGACUUUACCGAAAGAACCAAGAAUAUGCUUUUCCGGUUUGCCAACGCCCACAGACUCGGCUGGAACCAAACCCGACCGGUCUUGGGCAAUCAUCAAACCAAGCCGAGAGACAGCCUCACCCACUGCUAAAUCCCAUGACCGACAGCCCACGUGGGAGCCGCUCGUGUGCCCUCUCAUCGGCGCACUCGAUCUUCAUCCGCCCGCACACCGCUCCGCUGCUGCUGUCCGAGAGUGAUGGAGGGAGCUACGCUCCGCGUUCUCGUCUGUUUUGUGUGCGCCUUCACGGCGGCGGCGUGGCGAGACGGGGAGAGCCACGGGGAGAGUCGGAGCGCUCCCGUGAGAGUCGCUCUCAACGUGGACACGAGCGAGGCGCUGCACGCCCUCAGCCCCGAGUUCCUCUCAUUCGCCAUCGACGCCUCGGUGGUGGAGAACGGAUGGAUCGACUUCCUGAGACACGUUCGCCUCGUCACCCUGGCCAAGGCCCUGACCCCAGCGUUCCUGCGCUUUGGGGGCACGAGGCAGGACUUCCUGAUCUUCCAGCCGGAAUCUGGGAGCCCCUCGUGGGUUUCCGGCUUGACCCCCUCGUGGGAGAACAACGAGGUGCGGAUGGAGCCCCGCGUCUCAUGUCGCCCCCCGCUCUUCUCGGAGGCGAAGAUCCGGAGGCAGAGGCAGAGGGCAGAGGGACUCCUGCCAGGGAUGCUCCGAGAUGAACGGAGAAAAACCUUGAAGAACAUCACCAUGACAGGUGCCUCGCUGGACGAGCUGCUGGGCUUCUCCUCGUGCUCGGGCCUGCGCCUCGUCUUCGGGCUGAACGCGCUGCUGCGCGGCCCGGCCGGCGCGUGGGACCACGGCAACGCGUGGCUCAUCCUGCGCCACGUCCACGCGCGCGGCCAGGACCGCGUCUCCUGGGAGCUCGGCAACGAACCCAACAGCUACCCUCACGUGGCGGGGAGGCAGCUGAGCGGAGCGCAGCUCGGGGCGGACUUCCUGGCGCUGCGGACGCUGCUCAGGUCGGGCCACCCCGCGUUCCCCGGUGCGAAGCUCUACGGCCCCGACAUCACCCGGCCGCGGCGCAGCGCCCUCACCCUGCUCACGGGGUUUCUGGACUCGGCCAAGGAUGCCAUUGAGGCUGUUACGUGGCACCAGUAUUACAUGAACGGACGCACAGCCACGCUCGACAACUUCAUGGACCCCCAGAUCCUGGACUCUUUAGCGGCAGAGAUCAGCGCCGUGCAGGAGGUGGUUAACAAGGAGGCCCCGGGAAAGGCCAUCUGGCUCGGCGAGACGAGCUCGGCAUGGGGGGGCGGAGCGCCGGGGCUAUCGGACACCUUCGUGGCUGGGUUCAUGUGGCUGGACAAGCUGGGUAUGGCGGCACGCAUGGGAGUGGACGUGGUCGUGCGUCAGGCGUUCUUCGGACACGGAUCCUAUAAUCUCGUGGACGACCACCUAAACCCUCUGCCGGACUACUGGCUCUCCCUUCUGCACAAGCGACUCGUGGGGGCGCACGUGCUGCGCGUGGAGGCCAACGGGGGCGCGCCUUCGGUGCGCGUUUACGGGCACUGCUCCAGUACGUCCUUCCCCGCGGGCUCCGUGACGCUGUUCGCGCUGAACCUGGGGUCGAACCCGGCGUCUCUCUCCCUGCGGGUCCCGCUCAGCGAGGGCCCCGCCCAGGGCUUCCUGCUGCUCCCCGCAGACCCCGGCGCGGGCCUGCGCUCAAGGACCGUGAUGCUGAACGGGACCCCCCUGUGGACGCAGGCUCACGGCUCGGUCCCCGAGACCCCGGGGGUCCCCCUCCCGCCAGGGUCCCCCCUCGCGCUGCCUGCCCGAGCCCUGGCGUUCUUCGUGCUGCCGGACGCGGGGGCCCCAGCGUGCCUCCAGCGCGGGCGGAACGCGCAGGGGCCGUGACGGUCACGCGGGAUCGGCGACGAUAACCGCAAUGAUAAUAAUUGUGAAUUAUAAUUCUGAUGGUAUGAUCAUAACAAUUAUUCAUGGUAAGGUCAUUAUUAUUAUUGGUCAAAUAGUGGAACAGAGGUGUAUAGGGUCAUCGUCUCAAUAUCAGCAGGGUCCCGCUACAUUGGGAUGUUUUGGCCAAUUCCAAUAAUGAGCAUGUGGGAAGUUCUGUUCAUUUUUUUUCAGUUCAUUUAUUUUGGUAUAGCCCUGUGAGCCAUUCGGCUCUUGAAUCGGGUGCAACCACAACAAACAAAAAAAACAAAAACACGAACAAGAAAA